CACUUUGUCCCAGUCUUUCCGGUUUUACCAGUCGGUGAUAACAGAGCUUUCAGUGGCCUGCCCAGUCUGGAAGAUUAACGCAUGGAUGAGAAUAAAAAGUCUAAGAGCUGUGACUCUCUCACAGUAUGCUUUGUGCCGCUUAACCGUUCAACAUGUGGCUCCUGCUCGUGCUCGGAGUCGUGGUCGGUGUAGCAUACAUUUACCGGGAGAUUGUGGUGAAGGGAAAGAGAUGCACGAGCACGGCAAAGCUGCACGGGAAGACGGCGAUAGUGACAGGCAGUAACACGGGCAUUGGGAAGGAGACGGCCAUAGAUCUGGCUAAAAGAGGAGCUCGAGUGAUUCUGGCCUGUCGCAGCAGACAGAGAGGAGAGGCUGCACUGGAAGAUGUUAAGAGAGAGAGUGGCAGUAAUCAGGUGGUGUUCAUGCAGUUGGAUCUCGGGAGUCUUAAGUCUGUUCGCAGUUUUGCUGAAACUUUCAUGAAGUCUGAAUCCAGACUGGACCUCCUUAUUAACAAUGCAGGUAUUUUCAUGCAGGGUCGGACAGAGGAUGGAUUCGGGAUGAUGUUUGGUGUUAAUCACAUUGGCCACUUCCUGUUAACCAACCUGCUGCUGGAUCGACUGAAGGCGUCUGGGCCCAGCAGGGUGGUCAGUGUGUCGUCUAUGGCUCAUAACUUUGGGAAAAUCAACUUCGACUGCCUGAACACACACAAAGCUCUGGGACUGGGAACCUCGUUCAUGGAUGUUCUUCAGGUUUAUUCUGACAGCAAGCUGUGCAACGUCCUCUUCACCCAUGAGCUCGCCAAGAGGCUGAGAGGGACCCAGGUCACCUGCUACACCCUCCAUCCAGGAGCCAUCAACUCAGAGCUGACAAGGAACACCAGCUCCAUUUUGCAGCUCUGUCUGAGGCCCCUGACAUUGUACUUCUUCAAGAACACAGUCCAGGGAGCCCAGACCACCCUACACUGUGCUCUGCAGGAGGGACUCGAACCUCUGAGUGGGCGUUACUUCUCCAACUGCACUGUGAGAGAAGUGUACGCUAAAGCCAAGGAUGACACUGCAGCCAAGAAGCUGUGGGAGCUCAGCGAGAGGUUUAGUGGGCUUGCUUAAAAUGCUUUAAAUCCCUGACUUUAACAUCAUUAAUGCCACAUAUUUAGUGCAUAAGAAAGUCCUUGAUUUAAAGGGAUUGGUUGCUGCAUGAGCACAAUAAAAUCUUUAUGAGUAUAACUGUUGUUUGUUUGAAAAGAUUCUGGUUUUGCUGGUUUAAAGUAGGUGGGGUUUGUUUGAAGAAGGAGUGGUUGAUUGUUUCAGAUUUAAUGCAUUUAAUGCAACAGUGAAAGAAUCUUUAGAUAGAAAGGAUCACAUCUAGACAUUCCUGUACCACGUUUGUCUCUAAAUAGGCAUACAUUUUUUUUAACUUAAAAACAUUUUUAUGCCUAUAAAGAUAGAAAUAAUUGAAAAUCAAUACAACACUAAAGAAUACAUGUUUCAGGAAACUUGCAGUUUAUUAAAAUGUUUGUGAACUAAUUCAGUAGUUUUACGGUCUGAAUAAGUUCAGAAAAAAGAAUAAGACUGUGGAGAAAUAGUUUACUUUUCAGGCUUGACUUUUUACUCAUACUUGUCUUAUGUAUUAAGAUAUGGUUGAAAAUACAAUGUGUUGGCAUGUAUAAAGAGGGGCAGAAAUUUAGGAUGUAGGAGGGGGCAAGUUAAAGGAAAAAUAAAUAACUGAAAAUAGAUUCAUCAAACUUAAUAUAAUAAACCUUGAAAACAUAAUUACAAAAGUUGUCAGCUCCAAAAAUCUGGCUUUCUUAAAAAAUAUAUUUCUGCUAAGAUACCUCAAAAAUAUAUACAAACUAAACAUACUUUAUCAGUAACAGGUGCUCCACUUACCCUCUAGCUCUCUUUUUAUUUGACAAAUACAAUGCAAUUGGGUUGCUUAAUUAAGCUGAGAGUUAUAUCUUAACUGUACUUCCAUUACAUUUUAUUUCUGCAAGUGAUGUUUGUUACUAAGUCUUUAGCUGAUGUAUCGCAGAUUCAGCAUUUAUUAUCUCUCAGACCUUCAAGGUUUAUGGAUAUAUAUUUGCACACAAUUGUGCACACAAACAGACAAAACCUCUCAUGCACCUAACAGUACAUCAUUCCUCAUUCUAUUCACUUUUAAUGUAAAGGCAUAUUCCUUCGUCUUGGACCAGUUUGACUUUAAUAUUAUUAAUUACCAUUGUGCCUCACUACAUGCCCAAUAACUGCCUGCUUUUCCACCUGCAGCGACUCUUUAAGCAGUUUCUUUAUAAAUCUGGUUAUUUUUAUUUCAGGAUUCUUUGCUACAGUAUACCUGCACACAUAAUUUUACUUUGAUUCAUUUUCCAAAUAGUCUGCUUGAUAUUUUUCAUCUUCCAAACAAAGAGUAAAAUUUAUUCAGGGUUGGAAUAGAAGUGAUAGAAAGAUCAUCACCCUAAUUACAGUUCAAUAAAGACAGUGCAAUAGUUUCCUAUACAACCAGAGCAUAUACUCUCACCAAAAUAGACCAAAUUUUGUACAGUGACUUUAAAUGUGACUUCAAAUUUUUUUCUUGAUCUGGUGAUAUAAUGAUAUAGAAAAAGGGGUCUUCCUUUGAUGAAAUGAAAAUGAAUGUCCAACCUGCUUCUCACAGGGAAAUAAUUAUGUUAAAAUAAUCCAGUUAUCAUGGCUUUUAGCAUUUGUCCUUUUUAAUUGAGUCAAUCUUUUCCUCUGUGGUAACAGCAAGUACCAAGGAAAGUUUCUCUUUAGGGACCCAAAGAUAUAAUAAGGUGUUCAUCAACUGUAACUGUGGAAAAAUAAUGAAACUCUGUACAGCUAAAUACAAUUUUAUAAAGUUCCUUGUGUAUAACGUGUGAAAAGGCAGCAUUGUGCUUGUAAUACACAAAAAGUAAAGGAGAGGUUGUAGUGGCAGCUUUCUACAAUGACCUGAAAAUAUAUGAGCAGAUGAUAUAGAGAAGACAGAUAUUAAGUGCAGAGAAGCAGCACACACGUGUACACUCUACUAAUGUUGACAAAAUGUUCAAUACUUCAUUGUUUUAUACCACAUGCUUUAAGUGAUAUGAUAUCAAUAAGUUGUAUGUUCAAUUGUACUGAAAAAGUAAGAAAGUUGUGAAAAAAUAACAUGAAACAUUAUUAUUAUUAUUUUUAACCUAAAUCUGCCCUGAGUAAAUAUAGAUAGAGAGGAUAUGCAGUAAAGGGCGAUCAAGUAUAUAGAGAGCGAGUACUGGUUAUAACAAGGCAAUGAUACAGAGAAAUGUCUGUUGUCUGACUGUUUCACAGCAGUUACACCUGUGUGUCUUGUCUCUGCUUCACCCACCAUUGAAUAAACAGUUCAUCAGUUGACCAGUCAGCAUAUAAGCUGAUUGUUAAGUGUCUUUGGUAUUUCAUUAAAAUGCAUACAAAGUGUUAGAACCUGCAUGAAUGUGUGACAGAGGUAGUGAUAUCAUCUAGUCUCAGAAUAUUUUUGAUAACUUCCUGACUUUCCUAUUCACACCUCUGCACAAACACUGACUAAGGUCUUGCACAAGAUCUCCAAAUUUGGCACAUAAAUGAAUUAAAAAAGGGUGAGAGAAAAGUUGAAGAAACCAGCCUUAACUGGUUAGAAGAAGGGCUGGUUGUAAAUUACAUACAGCGCUUUCACAGGAAAAAUGUAUCAAGGCUACAGUACAGUUAGUAUGCUAUGGAUGUUUUACCCUUUUUUAUCAUUUAUUUUUAUAAAUCAAUCAUGGUCAAUAUAAUUUGGCUUUUUUAACAGAAAACUACCAAAAAAAAAUUAUCUUUAAUGGAAAAGUGGAAACAGAUUUCUACAAAGUAAUAUUAGAUAAAGAAAAAUAUUUGAUGUAAAAUAAGUAACUGCAUAAAUGUUCAACCCCUCCAAAUCAGUACUUAGUAGAUACACCUUUGACUGCAAUCACAGCACUGUGUCUGUGUGAGAUAGGUUUCAAUCAGGCUUUCACAUCUAGACACUGAAAUUUUUCUCAAAACUGUUUAAGCUCUGUCAGGUUGCUCUGUGUUUGGGUGUUGCAGAUUUACACAUAUGCCAUAUCCCUGUCAUUUCUUGAUGAUGAAUUAAAUGAACCCCGGGGAUGUUCAGUGUCUUGGAAAUGUUUUUGUAUCCACCCCGUGACUUACACUUUUCAAUAACAUUUUAUCUGACUGACCUGGGGUGUAUUUUGUGUCCAUGGUGUAAUGGUAGCCAGAAAUUCUGAUUAACCAGUGACUUGACCACACAGGUGUCUUUACACUACAAUCACCUGAGACACACUCAUUGUACUGAGGUGAUCCAGAUUUCACUAAUUGUGGGACCACUUAGCUGACGUCUGCGGUCAUUUAUUUUAUUUUACAGAUUUUUAUUUAAUUGACGACUUUGUAGAAAUCUGUUUUCAUUUUGACAUUAAAGAGGUUU